AUGGAGAAUGCAAAUAAUACCAGAAUUUAUCAUUUGAAAAUGUAUAGAGAACUUCGGAUAGUUACCCUUGAAAAACCAUUAAAAAACGAAGAAAAUGAGGAAUGUAUAAAAAUUCGAAUAUUGCCAAUUCAAGGGAGUAAUAAUAAUAAUGAUGAUAAAAAUACGCAAAUGUGUGUAGCUGAAAUAUUUGGAAAAGAAUUAGUUAUUGAUAAAGAUUAUUAUUUUGGAUACAAUGAAAAGUUUUCUAUAUAUACCUUUACUGGAUGUAUAAUUCAAAUAAAAGGAAAAACAUUACAAGAAUAUGAAAGUAAAAAUUCUACAAUAAAAGAAUAUUUAUCUUUAUCUUAUGUUUUAGAUGCUUAUAGAAAUUUAGCAAAAAAAAAAAAAAAAAUUGGACCCAGAGUAUUAAUAACAGGAAAUAAUAAUUCUGGAAAAAGUUCUGUUUCUAUGCUUUUGUUAAAUUAUGCAUUCAAAUCAGGUUUUAAACCUAUUUAUAUAGAAGGUGACCCAAAAGGUAAUUGUGAUAAAAUUGAUAUAAAUAGAGGUCCUGGAAUUAUGAGUUGUUUUAUUUAUGAUAAUAAUGAAAGGAAAAAUAAUGGCCCAAACAUCACUCCAAAUAACACUCCAAAUAACAUUCCAAAUAAUCGUUAUAGAUACGCAUUAGAUUAUUUUUUUGGUUAUUUAGACAUAUUAGAUGAUAUAAAUUUGUAUUAUCAUAUUAAUGAAUGUAUUAGUAGUUGUAUAUAUUUAAUGUUGUUAAAUAACUUAAAUUAUUAUUCAGGAAAUUUAAAAAAUAAUUCUGAACAAGAAAUUAUUUAUUCUUCUGGGUUUAUUUUAAAUGUACCAUCUGAAGCUGAUAUUAAGAUUGUAAAAAAUUUAAUCGAUAUAUAUAAUAUAAAUAUAGUUGUUAUUAUUGAUAAUUCAUUUUUACAUUAUUCUUUAAAAGAAUGUUAUGAUAAAGAAGAAAAAGAAAGCAGUUUGGAAAAUUGUAAAAAUUUAGAAAAAAAAAAAUACAAUAAUUUGGGAUUAUAUAAAUCAAGUAAAAAUAUCAAGUAUAAUGAAAAAGAAGAAGAUAUAAAAUUUGAAAAAAAUAAUGAUGAUGCAAAAAAUAAUGAUGAUGCAAAAAAUAACGAUGAUGAAAAUAAUGAUGAUGAAAAUAAUGAUGAUGAAAAUAAUGAUGAUGUUAAUAAAAUUGAAAUAAUCGAAAUGCCCAAAUAUGAAGGUGUUAUACCAUCUGAUAAUAGUAGAGUACGAUAUUGUAGAAACUUAUGGUUUUAUGAUUAUUUUUAUAAAAAUAUAAAUGUUAAUAAUGCAAUAUAUAAAAAAUGUCAUAUUAUAACAAUUAAAUAUAACCAAACAAAUUUUGUUCGAUUAGAUACAAAAUUAGCAGUACCUUUAUCUGCUUUACCUGCAGAUUGGAAAAAUAUAAAAAGAGAAAAUGUUCAUGUAACUAGCUAUAAUGGAAAUAUAAAAAAUUUAAUGAAUUGUAUUUUAGGUAUAUCUUAUUCUAAAAAAAUAAAUUAUGUUCAUCUUAUAAAUAUAGCCGGUUUUGCACAUGUACAGAAUGUAAGAAAAAUAGAAAUAGAUAAUGAUAACCAAAAAAAUGAAGAUAAAGAUAAAGAUUAUGAUAAUAUUGAAGAAACUGAUAAAAAUACUGACCAAAUAACCAAUGAUUUUUUUAUUGAUAUUUUAUGUCCAGUUUCUAUAACAACAAAAAAUAUACCACCAUAUUUUAUUAUCCCAGGAAAUAUGAAACAUAUUAGGUUUUAA